CUUUAGUCUUAUGUGUUUUGAGCUUUUAGGUUAAGUUGAUGUACGGAGUGCUCAAAAUAAAAAUAUGCAAAAAAUGCAAUGACUACCAAAGAAAAUGCUUAUAAAUGUUAUACUGGCGGUGGGAUUAGCAAUACUUAUGAUACUUGUAUAUUUCCCAGGCAGGCAUGCAAGACACUACAGUUAUAUUAGGGUUGAAAAUGUCUUGGAUGAAAUUCUAUGGGCUGCUCCUGUACAAAGCAAGUUGAAAAAUUGUUCCUAUGAAGAUAUUAUUGUGAAAAAUGUUGAUGUAGAUAUUAGCUCAAUUUAUGGCACGAGAUACUUUGAAAUACCAUUGAAAGGUGGUGAAUAUAAGCCUAAAAACUGUACACCUCUAAUAAAGACAGCCCUCAUAGUUCCCUAUAGGAACAGGGCAACUCACUUGAAGGUAUUCCUCAAUUAUAUGCACCACUUCCUACAGAACCAAAGAAUUCAUUAUCAAAUAUUUAUAGUGGAUCAAAAUGACACGCUUCCAUUUAAUAGAGCAAAAAUGUUAAACUAUGGAGCAAAAAUCGCAAUAGAGAUGGGAUAUCCGUGUCUGAUUCUACAUGAUGUUGAUUUGAUACCUAUCAACACAGGAAAUAUCUAUGGCUGUUCAAAAACGCCUAGGCAUAUGUCAAGUAGCUUAGAUACCUUUAGAUACAAUUUGCCAUACCUAACACUUUUCGGCGGAGCUGUGGCGAUCCUUUCAUCUCAAUUUAAACAAGUCAAUGGCAUGUCUAACAAGUUCUAUGGUUGGGGUGCAGAAGAUGAUGAUUUUUACAGGUUUGCAUGCAAGGUAAUCCUUGUGUAGUUUUUUGAGCUGAACAGAGGCUUUCUUCUAGGCGCCUAAUUACAAAUGGAAUAACACCAUAUAGGUUUUCGCCUGAAAUCAGCAGAUAUACAAUGUUGCCACAUGUGAAGGAAAUAGCUAGCUCAGAAAGAUUUACUGUGCUGGCACAGGGUAGUGAGCAACAUAAAGUGGAUGGUCUAAGUUCCCUUUCUGAUGAGAGUGUAAUCAAACAAGAAGAUCUGUAUACUCAUAUAUUUGCUAGUUAAUGAUUUUAAUUUGCUCAACAAUUUGUUCUUUGUUAUUUUCUUUUAUGAAUUAAAUAGUAUUUCGAUGUACCCUGA